AUGCCACAGCACCGUCCGAGCCAUGCACAACAUCCACAUCCCACAGCAUCCCUAACCUCCCCGCCUGCUGCGAGGACGCGGGGAAUAAAGGGGGGUGGAGGGGGUGUUAGUGGAGAGAAAAAGGGGAGGGAGGAGGGGAAAAAGGUGAAGACUAUACAUCUCGAUUACUCAUCUAGCUAG